CGGGACAUCGGGGGAGUGGUGAACUCCCGGUAAUCUGCGGCAGCCGGUUUGACAGUCGCGAAGACAGGCGUGGUGUUACGGUCCCAGCGGAGGGAUACACGCCGGUGAACCACACAGGGGAGUGGUGGUUUAGAGGGAAAAGUCACGUGGUCUACCCACUCUCCCCAAGUUGCGUUCCCCCCUCUUUGCUCUUGGCCAUCCUUUCAAACUCUCCCUUCUCUUUGUUAUAUAGCAUCCGCUGCAGCCUCACUCAGUUCCUAGUUGACUGUUGUGAGAAGAAGUCGUGUUGUCGGAUUCACUAAACCACAAGUUAUCUUUAGCUUCUCAUUGGGACCUAUUUCAACAAAACUAAUUAAAACCCUUCUUUUAUUUAAUGCAUACUCAUAUCUUAUUCACAGAACAAAAAUUCUUUAUAUAACUAUUUAUAUGAGUAUACGGCAACGCUUUCUGUCAUCAAUGAAGAUAUUCUAAAUCUUUGAUCAAAACAAAGAUAGCCACGUGACUACCACGCAGGAUAAAAUCAAGACUUAAUUAAUUUGAAGACAAAAGUCCAACUGUUUGAAAUCAGUCCACUAACUGUGUGGAAUUUCAAAAAGUAGAUACUGUAACUAGCCAACUAAUUUUGUUGAUAUACUGAAACUGGAAUCUACUAACGAACUGUUUGUCCAUUUUUUCCCCGUUUAAUCCGUCAUGGACUCCUGAUGAUUUCUCAAUAUUAGGAUUUUGUCAACAAUAAUCUAAACAUGCAUUUACCAGCAGAUUCAGUGAGUAGUCCACCGGUCAGUACGAACAGUCCUGACCAAACGAAUACCACAAAUGGUUUUCUCUUCCCCGGCGAGAGAAUGCUGAAUGAAGUUAUGAAUGACCAUCCUAAUGAACUGGUCAAGACUGGAAGUCCCUGUGUUGUGUGUUCCUCAUUGCCUAGUCAUUGGAGAUCAAACAAGACAUUACCUAUCGCUUUCAAAGUAGUUUGCUUGGGCGAAGUUGCUGAUGGGACAGUGGUCAGCAUAAAGGCAGGGAAUGAUGAGAACUAUAGUGCUGAACUGAGAAAUGCCACUGCAGUGAUCAAGAACCAAGUGGCCAAGUUCAAUGACUUGAGGUUCGUGGGUCGAAGUGGACGAGGAAAGAGCUUCACAUUAACUAUUUCGAUUAGUACAAGUCCUCCUCAAGUGGUUACUUACAACAAAGCCAUUAAAGUCACCGUAGAUGGACCCAGAGAACCAAGAAGGCAACAGCAACAGCUAAGGGCGUUCGCUACAGCGUUCGGUCAUCGGCCACCCUAUUUGGAUCCACGCUUUCAUGAUUUGCGUGAAUGGGAUAGCAUUAGAAGAAAGAGCGAACACUGGCAACUAGACUUUCAACGCAGAGAUUCUAUGUAUCUCUCUGAUGGUCAUUGGGGUCACCCAUACCCAUUUUUAGCUUCAACGUCAAGUCUUCAAGGAGCAGGUUUUCCACCGUAUAAUUUGGAUGUCACUCUCGCUGUUUCUCCAACAUCUCAAGAUUCAUGUUCCUCUACAUUACCUCUUGCUGGUCUUGGUGAUCCUACCACAGGCUUAACGAACACAAGUUCCUCCUUUCCGAGUCUUAGCGAUCACUCUGGAAGUUUAGCGCUAAAAACGGACCCACUCUUGAUGUCCAGGUACAAUAAUGCUAUAGCUGCCGCAGCAGCAAAUGCAGAUCUUCGACUGUCAGAUCGACUUACAGAGCUACGCCAAGGUCUCAAUUCUGUCACCAAUCCAGCACAGCAAUCCAAUAAUCCUGUCGCACUCUUGGCAGGAAAUGCAGGUAGUCCUCCUUACCUGCCAGUAAACCACAGCAGUUAUGGUUUGCUAUCGUCUCAUCCUUACUACAAUGGUAACGGUUGCAAUGCUCCUGGUGCUGCUGGAAUGUAUUUGAAUCCACCUGUAGUACCACAUUCACUAAUGUAUCCUCAGCUUUACAACAGCAUUGCUCAUAAUCAGCUACAUACCUCAAUUCAUUUGCUGGGUAACAGUAACUCAGAUCUAUUAAGAUCUCCAGAACCUUCUAUUAGAAACGAAGAAGAAACUUUGCAUACCAGCUCUCGAGAAAGUUCUACGGGUAGUGUUGCAAGUGUUAAUGGAAGUUCACCAUCUUCCGUCAACAAUCUUUUAUCGCCAGUUGGCACCAGUCAGCCAAGUUCGCCAACUCACCAAACUCAAACAUCAUGUUCCACGCCAUCCAAUGGUAGAACUAUUUAUGGUUCCACCACAAACGGCCACGGACAAUCCGAAACAGGUCUAUGGAGGCCAUACUGAAUUGUUCCUUAGCUGUUUUCAUGUAAGAUGCUUCAUUUAACUGGCAAAAACUUUAAUGGUCUUGAAGAAUUGUUUAUGAUAAUUUCAGCUGAUAGUCAAAAAAAUAUUUAAAAUAGUUAUCGAGCUUUAUGCAGGAUGGAAACUUCAUGCUGCUUGUAUAUAGUGAUUAUGUAAUAUUUCAUAUAAUAUGCAGAAUAUAAACUGUGGCAAAUAAUGUGAUAUACGUUUUAUUAGGCAUAAGAUUAUGAUUAUCAUCUUCAAAAUAUCAUGAAAUGAAUUAUAAAUAGAUGAACUUUUUUGUAUUCAUUGUACAAAAUGGAGAGUUAUUCAUUGUCUUAGUGCUAAUAUAUGACAUCUGGGUGCUAAUGCUUUAGUUCCAUAUGUAUUCUUAAAAUAAAAAAAAAGUUUUUAAUUUUCUACAAUUAUAAUAUUUUUUAUGGCGCUGAAAAUGUUCCCAAAAAAAUUAAGGCAGGGUAUAUGGAUAUGUAUUGUUGACUUACUUUGCUUUAAAAGCCUUUUUCAAAUAAUUGCUUUCCUUGAUUCCUGACUGAACCUUUGAAUUUACUUUUUUUUCUCAUUAAAAUAUAAUAAGAAAGACAUAUAUGUGCAAUUUUGUUUUAAGACAAUGAUAAUACGUAAUGCUGAUCAACAAAUUUUUAUUGCUUUUCAUUUUUACGUAGUUGUUGAUCUGUUUUGAUUUUUUUGCUGUAUAGUUGAUUAUAUAUAUUUGUAUAAAAGGUGACAAAAUGAUUGAAUAAUGUUUCGGAAAUUAUCGUCAUUGUUAUUUUGUAAAAAGUAAAUAUAUAUAUAUCUAUAUAUAAAAUAAACAUUACUAUUUGAUAGUGAAA